AUGGUAAUCUGUUUAUUUCACUUGUUCAUGACAUAAGCAAGCAUAACGAGAGAAUAAAUACGUAAAUAGUGGUUUGAACUGUUGAGACAUUUAAAAAGUAACUGUUUGUCAAAUUAUAUAAAAAACAAAGCAAUUUUAUUAUAUUAUACAAUCAAGUAAUGGAAAAUUUACCAACAAAAAGAAGUUAUGAAGACGAUAGUAAUACACCGAAUGUUAAAGAGAGAAAAAAGCACCUCACUGAUCGGUACUUAACCUAUGAUAUUUUAAGGAUUGUAUUUAAAUAUCUGAAUUGGAUAGAUUUAUCGAAUGCAUCAAUGGUUUGCAGAUCCUGGUUAGAAGUGGCAAAUGAUGAAAAACGAACUAGGGGAGGUCCUAUCUGUUUAAUAAAUUGGGGUAAAAAAUAUCUUAAAGUUAUAGAAAAAUUACGGAACAAACCUACAUUAGGAUUAGUUUUUAAAGCUCCACAUAAAAGAAAUGUUAGGCAAGAUUGUCUUUGUCAAAUUCUUCCACAAAGUUGUGAAAUUGUAACAUUGGGCACAUGUGGUAUACUUAUUGAAAAUGCAGAAAUGGAAACAAUCCUUGAAGAAAGAGUGUGUGCAUUUCUACCUGAAAUACCUAAUGUAACAAUCAAAGUAAUUACGAUUGUUUCAAAAAAUGAUUUUGCACAAUAUUAUGAACAAAUGAGAUUAACUCUUGCCAAACAUGAAACAAAUAGAUCUAAAUGCCUUCUACUAUUUUGUAAUCAAGCAGGUCGUGCUCUAGCACGAGAAGCUGCAGGUGUAUUACAAUUAUGUAAUGCAACAGUCAGACCUUCAGUGUGGGGAGGAGUAGUCAAGGAUUUAUAUGUAUGUAAUUCAAAAAAUCCUAUUCAUGAUGAGAAAUGUGUUACAUUUGCAUAUUGUAUUGGAAUUACUAUAGUUGGAUCAGUAGAUUCAUGGUCUAUAGUUAUGGAUGAUGAUUGCAAUACUAAGGCACUAGUUGAACAGAAAUUGGAAUCAUUUAAAAGUCAUAUUUCUUUAAGAAAAUAUUCCAUGGGUUUCAUGUUUGCAUGUUGUGAACGUGGAACAAAUAUGUUCAAUGAACGGGAUGUGGAGUCUACUAUUUUCAAAAAAUUAUUUCCAGAAGUACCGUUAGUAGGUUGUUUCGGUGAUGGGGAAUUCGGAGAAACUACAAUACCAAGCAAGAAUUUUAAUGAUACAAAAGAAUAUUGGUAUCACGAAAGAUCAACCGUUUUUUUAAUAAUUACAUACGGCUAAAAUUUGUAAAAUUGAUUUGAAUUUAUAACAAAAAAAAUCAGAAUGACCAAUUAAAACAAUAUCUUAAAGACAUUGUUAAUUGUAAUAUAAAAACUCAACAAUUAUGACUGAACUAAAUGAAAAAAUGUGUUGCGUGACGACGAUAUACAUUAAUGUAUAACGUAUAAUGUAUUUUAUGUUUGUAUAAAUUUUUUUAUGUUGCUCUCUAAUUUGUUAUUUCCCUGUAAAAAAAGUCGUUAAUAUGAAACUUUUUUUAUUUAUCUUAAAAAAUGGAUUUCCUGAAUGAUAAAGGCAAUUUUUAAAUAAUCAGUAUGGAAAACAACAACCUUGUUAAAUAUUUUGUAUGCGUUACUAUUUUAACGUGAUAUGAAAACACCUAGCAUAUCCGACAAGCAUAUCCUAAUUGGACAAAAACCUGCACCUCUUUGAAUACAAUUAUAAUGUUUAAAACAUCGCCAGACAAUCACCUGAUAGUAUUUCCGCAUGUGAUACCGGGG